UGCUCCUGAGGCACCACUUGGCAAGCAGCAUGCAACAUCCCAGGAGUUGCUCAAUGUCCUUCGGCCUCCUGCCCAGUCCCCCCAGGAGGCCCUGAUGCCCUGGGGCACUUCUGCUGUGCACAGGACCACGUGGGGGUUUGCCAUGGUGACAUAAAGGGGCACAGAGGAAGGAAGGAGCGCAACCAGCCUACAGACUGUGCCCCUGGCUGGGAGGAAGGGCCAGGGCCCAGAUCCUCCACUUCUGCUGCCCACUGAGGGCCACACUAUUAAGUCUUUGUGAAUCUAUUGGCUAGUGGACAACUCUGGUGUCUCCUGUGUGGGGCCUCGGGGGUGGCCAGGGCAGGCCAGGCCUCUGGUGGCUAAGAUCUUGGGGGCCAGGAUGCCCACCCUGGCAUGCCUCCGUAGGCUGUGUCGGCAUAUGUCCCCACAGGCUGUCCUCUUCCUGCUGUUCAUCUUCUGCCUGUUCAGCGUCUUUGUCUCAGCCUACUACCUAUAUGGCUGGAAGCGGGGCCUGGAGCCCUCGGCGGAUGCCUCUGAGCCUGACAGUGGGGACCCUCCACCCAUGGCCCCUAGCCGCCUGCUUCCACUCAAGCCUGUGCAGGUGGUCACUCCUUCCCGCACAGAUCCGUUGGUGCUGGUGUUUGUGGAGAGCCUUUACUCACAGUUGGGCCAGGAGGUGGUGGCCAUCCUGGAGUCCAGCCGCUUCAAGUAUCGCACAGAGAUUGCACCAGGCAAGGGUGACAUGCCCACACUCACGGACAAGGGCCGAGGCCGCUUUGCCCUCAUCAUCUACGAGAACAUCCUUAAAUAUGUCAAUUUAGAUGCCUGGAAUCGGGAGCUACUAGACAAAUACUGCGUGGCCUACGGCGUGGGCAUCAUUGGUUUCUUCAAGGCCAACGAGAACAGCCUCCUGAGUGCGCAACUCAAGGGCUUUCCUUUGUUCCUGCACUCGAACCUAGGCCUGAAGGACUGUAGCAUCAACUCCAAGUCCCCUCUGCUCUACGUGACGCGGCCCAGUGAGGUGGAGAAGGGCGUGCUGCCUGGCGAGGACUGGACAGUGUUCCAAUCUAACCAUUCCACCUAUGAGCCGGUGCUGCUGGCCAAGACGCGGUCAUCCGAGUCCAUCCCUCACUUGGGCGCCGAUGCUGGCCUGCACGCUGCGCUGCAUGCCACUGUGGUCCAGGACUUGGGCCUCCACGAUGGCAUCCAACGAGUGCUCUUCGGCAACACCCUCAAUUUCUGGCUGCACAAGCUCGUCUUUGUGGACGCCGUGGCCUUCCUCACUGGCAAGCGCCUCUCGCUGCCCUUGGACCGCUACAUCCUGGUGGACAUUGAUGACAUCUUCGUGGGCAAGGAGGGUACACGCAUGAAAGUGGAGGACGUGAAGGCCCUGUUUGACACGCAAAAUGAGCUGCGCACACACAUCCCGAACUUCACAUUCAACCUGGGCUACUCAGGGAAAUUCUUCCACACAGGUACUGAUGCCGAGGAUGCUGGAGACGACCUGCUGCUGUCCUACGUGAAGGAGUUCUGGUGGUUCCCGCACAUGUGGAGCCACAUGCAGCCUCACCUCUUCCACAACCAGUCCGUGCUCGCGGAGCAGAUGGCCCUGAACAAGAAGUUCGCUGUCGAGCAUGGCAUUCCCACAGACAUGGGGUAUGCUGUGGCGCCCCACCACUCGGGCGUGUACCCCGUGCAUGUGCAGUUGUACGAGGCCUGGAAGCAGGUGUGGGGCAUCCGCGUGACCAGCACGGAGGAGUACCCCCACCUGAAGCCAGCCCGCUAUCGCCGUGGCUUCAUUCACAAUGGCAUCAUGGUUCUACCCAGGCAGACUUGUGGCCUCUUCACGCACACCAUCUUCUACAACGAGUAUCCGGGGGGCUCCAGCGAGCUGGACAAGAUCAUUAAUGGGGGUGAACUCUUCCUCACUGUGCUCCUCAACCCGAUCAGCAUCUUCAUGACACACCUCUCUAACUACGGCAAUGACCGCCUGGGCCUAUAUACUUUUAAGCACCUGGUGCGCUUCCUGCACUCCUGGACCAACCUCCGACUGCAGACGCUGCCCCCUGUGCAGCUGGCCCAGAAAUAUUUUCAGAUCUUCGCUGAGGAGAAGGACCCACUUUGGCAGGACCCCUGUGAGGACAAACGCCACAAAGACAUCUGGUCCAAGGAGAAGACAUGUGACCGCUUCCCAAAGCUCCUCAUCAUUGGCCCCCAGAAAACAGGCACCACAGCUCUCUAUCUGUUCUUGGGCAUGCACCCCGACCUCAGCAGCAACUACCCCAGCUCCGAGACAUUCGAGGAGAUCCAGUUUUUCAAUGGCCACAACUAUCACAAAGGCAUUGACUGGUACAUGGAAUUCUUCCCCAUUCCCUCCAAUACCACCUCUGAUUUCUACUUUGAGAAAAGCGCCAACUACUUUGACUCAGAAGUGGCGCCCCGGCGGGCAGCUGCCCUGUUGCCCAAGGCUAAGGUCCUGACCAUCCUCAUCAACCCUGCAGACCGGGCCUAUUCCUGGUACCAGCACCAGAGAGCCCACGAUGAUCCGGUGGCCCUCAAGUACACCUUCCAUGAGGUCAUCACUGCCAGGCCCGAUGCUUCAGGAAAGCUACGUGCCCUUCAGAGCCGCUGCCUGGUCCCUGGCUGGUAUGCCACCCACAUCGAGCGCUGGCUCAGCACCUUCCAUGCCAACCAGAUUCUGGUCUUGGAUGGCAAGCUGCUGCGGACAGAACCUGCCAAAGUGAUGGACACAGUGCAGAAGUUCCUUGGAGUGCCUAACGUCAUUGACUACCACAAAACUUUGGCGUUUGAUCCAAAGAAAGGAUUUUGGUGCCAGCUGCUUGAAGGAGGAAAAACCAAGUGUCUGGGCAAAAGCAAGGGCCGGAAAUAUCCAGAAAUGGACUUGGAUUCUCGCACCUUCCUGAAGGAGUAUUACCGGGACCACAAUGUGGAGCUUUCCAAGCUGCUGUACAAGAUGGGUCAGACCCUGCCCACCUGGCUGCGGGAGGACCUCCAGAACACUAGGUAGCCACGGCCAGCACAGCCAGACUCAACAUUUGUGAUGGCAGGGACAUCCCGCCACGUGCUGAGCCAGACUGACCUGCAGGCGGGGAGCCCAGCCCAGCUGGCAGCACUUAUGAGCAAUACUCUGUGGAGGACGCAGGACCAGAAGAAGAGCUGAGGCAUUUCCACAUGACCCUCAGAGCAUCCAGUGCAGAGCCUGUGGCCACCAGAAGUUCAUCUGUUUCCAGCUUUUAGGGGGGGGCACAUCAUGCUGGGGAAAGGCCAUUUCCUGGUGAGAGGAAGUCCCAUGUAUUCUCUCUGUCCCUCACUGUGUUCUACUGACUCACCCGCCCCUCCAUCCCUCAGUAUUAGCUGCCAUGUGUUCCCUAUGCUCCACACAGCCGGGCCUUUUGCCAAACCAGGGAGACAGACUGGACUUUCCCCUGACUUGUUUCGAGCCAGGCAGGCCCUGCAGAGGGACCCCCGCUGGGUGCCAGGUAGCUGGGAGGGUUGUCCCCUCACCAGGAUGUGGGACCCUUUCCAUGUCACCUUCCUUCAGGGGAGAGAAAGUCUCCACUGGUUCCUGCAGUAUCUGCUUCCCUCAGGGCCUCCCAGCCCCAGCCCUGGCCCUCUCUGCACCCUGGGAUCUGAUGAGUGGUGUUUCCUGUGAUAAAGACUGAGGUGGCUUAGGGGCCAGCCAUUACAUACCUUCCCAUGUACAUACAUGUCCCUGCCCCACUCCCUAACCCCCAUGGUAGCCUCGGCAGGCUCUGAGCAUAGUGGCUGAGACCCAUCCACCACUUUGCUUCAGCUAACUAUGGCCAAGGAAUUCCGGACUCCCCCUAACCUCCCAAAUACUAAGAAGCUAAAGUAUUUUAA